AUGGAUCUAAAUAUGUGUUAUUUUCUUUUUUUGUAUCGUUAUUGUACAGAAAUCCGAGAAUGGCACGAGGGUUUCAUUCGGGAUUGUCCAAAUGGUCGACUUGAUAAAAAAAAGUUUGUUCAGAUCUAUCAACAGUUUUAUCCAACAGGCAAAGCAGAUAACUAUUGCAAAUAUGCAUUUAGUACAUUUGAUACUAAUAAUGAUGGUAAAAUUGAUUUUCAAGAAUUUCUGAUAGCCAUUGCAGCUACAAGUCAAGGUGAUCUUGAUGAUCGUCUUACCGCUGUUUUUGAGAUGUAUGAUUUUUCGCAUAAUGGAGUAAUCGAUCAAACAGAACUGACUGUAUUAAUCACAGCUAUGUAUGAUCUUCUUGGUGAAACUGAUCGUAAAGAUGAUCACGAUCCAAAAAAACUUGCUGCAGACAUCAUAACACACCUUGAUGUUGAUGGUGACAAGAAAUUGAGUAAGGCAGAAUUCAUUACUGGAUAUGCAUUUAGCACAUUUGAUACUAAUAAUGACGGCACAAUUGAUUUUGAAGAAUUUCUUAUAGCCAUUACAGCUACAAGUCAAGGUGAUCUUGAUGAUCGUCUUAGUGCUGUUUUCAAUAUGUAUGAUAUUUCUCAUGAUGGACUCGUUGAUAAAAAAGAACUGAUUGCAUUAAUCACAGCUAUGUAUGAUCUUCUUGGUGAAACUGAUCGCAAAGGUGAUCAUGAUCCAAAAAAAAUUGCUGUUGACAUUAUAGAAAAAUUUGAUACUAGUUUAGCUAUUAUAUUUGCAAUUGUUGUAAUACAUUUGAAAUUUUGUCAAAAAUCAACAUCAUGUGCUCAUACUGGUUUUCAACGAUAUGAACCUUUAGUUCAAGAUGAAAAUGCUUUGCCAAAAAUGGAAAGACACAAUGGAAGAAAAGUUUUAAGAAGUAAUCAUGUUAUAGAUUGCCCAAAUGGUCGACUUGAUAAAAAACAGUUUAUUCAAAUCUAUCAACAAUUUUAUCCAAAAGGCAAAGCAGAUAAUUAUUGCAAAUAUACAUUUAGUACAUUUGACACUAAUAAUGAUGGUACAAUUGAUUUUGAAGAAUUUCUUAUAGCCAUUGCAACUACAAGUCAAGGUGAUCUUGAUGCUCGUCUUAGUGCUGUUUUUGAUCUGUAA